CCCAGAAGACAGAGUUCCUUUCCCCAAGCCUUUAAAUGUCAUGAAUUCUCACUUUCCCUUCUUAAGGCAUUUCCUCUUGUCUUUGGUAUUCUCCUGUAGGUAACUGAAGAGAACAACACUGUUCUCCUCAUUCCUUUAGAAGAUGUCAGUUUUUUAUGAUUUUUUUCUCUUAUAAAAUUAUAUUCAUAUAAGAAUACAUCUUAAGUGACAUUCAUCUAUAACCCAAGUACUUCACCACCCCUCCCCCAUUUCCAUUUUCCACUGUAUAGAGAAUGAUACUAGGUAUUAUAGGGAAUUCUUAAAUGAGUUAAAAUCAUAAACCCUGCCCUCAAUGACCUUACAGUCCCAUAGAGUUGUGGAUGAAGGAGAAUACAGCAAGGAGACAAGUAAAUAACUUGAGAUAAAGAAACUCUAAAGAAAAUCGAUUUGUAUCAAUCUGAUACAAAUUGAUGUAAGGACUGUGAUUAUUUCUGACCUCUCCGGUUUUCACAGUGGAAAGUACCAAUAGUUACACAAGGACAGCAGGUAUAAACAACGUGAUCUUGGACCAACUGAGAUAUACAGUCACCCUACUCUAAAGUUCCUUUACUUUUGCUUUAACUUUUUAUAGGAGAGAUUUUUAUUCCACCUAUAUGUAUUGAGGUAAUUGUAUAUUGAAACCUAAGUACCUAUUGUCAAAUCCAACAACUAUCAACAUAUGGCCAAUAUUGUACUACCUAUACCCCAUCUAACUUCCCACCCACCCCCCCAUUUAUUGAAAACAAAUCCAAAGCUUUUUCUUGAUUUAUUAGUAAUUUUUCCCCAUUCAACUUCUUUUUCCUACUUUCCUUACCCAAUCCCCCCCCGCUAUCCAAACCCUUCUUUUUAUUUUCACUUUCAGCACUACAGCUCUGAUUGUCCAACUCUGACAGGACACACAUCCUUAAAAGUCAACUCAGAGACGAGCCAGAUCAGCAGUGCCUCACUUUGUUUUUCUCUGAACAGAUGGUUUCAUAAUGGCCAUUCCAUAAUGGUGGCUGGUGAGGCUGUGGUAUCCAUGGGAGUCGUUGUACUGCUCUGGCUUGAGGUGUCUCUGUUCCCUUGUGGCCUCUCCCAGGCUGGGCGUUCCCAAAGCCUCAGCUCCCCAGAAGUGGUGAUCCCCUCAAAGGUUACCAACAGAAGCAGAGGUGCAAAGGCUCCAGGCUGGCUCUCCUACAGCCUGCAGUUUGGGGGCUGGCAACAUGUUGUCCACAUGAGGGCUAAGAAGAUCUUGGUUUCCAGACAUCUCCCAGUGUUCACCUACACGGACCAGCAAGCCCUCCGCCAGGAUCAGCCUUUUGUUCCUGAUGACUGCUACUAUCAUGGCUAUGUGGAGGGGGCCUUGGAGUCCCUGGUUUCCCUCAGUACUUGUUCUGGGGGGUUUCAAGGAAUGCUACAGAUUAAUAACAUUACUUAUGAAAUUGAGCCCAUCAGGCACUCUACCACAUUUGAACACCUGAUUUAUAAGAUAAACACUAAUGAGACAGAAGUCUCACUUAUGAGAUGUGGCUUAACAAAUAAAGCACAUCAACAGUUGGAAUUUGAAGAGGCCGAAAAAUUAACUCUGAGACAAAAUUCUGCUUAUAACUGGUGGACCCACUCAUGGUUUCUGGAGCUGACUGUGGUGGUGGAUCACAAUUUCUUCAUUUACUGCCAAAGUAAUUUCUCAAAUGUGCAGGAGAAUGUAUUUGUUGUUGUCAACAUAGUGGAUUCCAUUUAUCAGCAGUUGGGUACUUAUGUGAUUUUGACUGGAAUUGAGAUCUGGAAUCAUGGAAAUGUUUUCCCAAUGAUAAGCAUAGAACAGGUUCUGGAGGAUUUCUCUCAGUGGAAACAAAUCAGUCUUUCCCAGCUACAGUAUGAUGCUGCACAUAUUUUCAUUAAAAAUUCACUUAUAAGUGUACUUGGGAUAGCCUAUGUUGCAGGAAUAUGUCAUCCUCCUAUUGACUGUGGAGUUAAUAAUUUCAAAGGAGAUCCCUGGUCUGUUUUUGCCCUCACUGUAGCUCAUGAGUUAGGUCACACUUUGGGUAUGCAGCAUGAUGAAGAAUUCUGUUUGUGUGGGCAAAGUGCUUGCAUCAUGAAUGCUGUCAGAGUGCCAUCAGAGAGAUUCACCAAUUGUAGUUAUGCAGACUUUACAAAGACCACUUUAAACCAGGGAUCAUGUCUGUACAGUCCUCCAAUUCCAGGGGCAGUCUUUAUGCUGAAACGCUGUGGGAACGGUGUGGUUGAAGGAGAAGAGAAGUGUGACUGUGGCUCUAUAAAGCAGUGUGAACAAGAUCCCUGUUGUCUGUUGAACUGCACUCUGAAGCCUGGGGCCGCUUGUGCUUUUGGACUUUGUUGCAAAGACUGCAAGUUCAUGCCAGCAGGGGAACUCUGUAGACGUCAGGUCAGUGAAUGUGACCUUCCAGAGUGGUGCAAUGGAACAUCUCAUCAGUGCCCAGAAGAUGUAUAUGUGCAGGAUGGGAUUCCCUGUAGUGAUGACAGUGCCUACUGCUAUCAAAAGAGAUGUAAUAACCGUGAUGAACAGUGCAGGGAGAUUUUCGGUGAAGGUGCAAAGAGUGCAUCUCAGAUUUGCUAUAAAGAAAUCAACUCCCAGGGAAACCGUUUUGGCCACUGUGGUAUAAAUGGCACAACAUACCUCAAAUGUCGUACUUCAGAUAUCUUUUGUGGGAGAGUUCAGUGUGAGAAUGUGGGAGGCAUUCCCCAUCUGAGAGACCACUCAACAUUACAGUACACUCACAUCAAUGGUGUCACCUGCUGGAGUAUUGACUAUCACCUAGGGAUGAAUAUACCUGAUGUUGGUGAAGUGAAAGAUGGCACCAUAUGUGGUCCAGGAAAGAUCUGCCUACACAAGAAGUGUGUCAGUCUGUCUCUCCUGUCACGAGUCUGCUUGCCUGAGACCUGCAACAUGAAGGGGAUCUGCAAUAAUCAACAUCACUGCCACUGUGGCUAUGGGUGGUCUCCGCCCUACUGCCUACACAGAGGCAAUGGAGGUAGUGUUGACAGUGGCCCAGCACCUGCCAGAAGAGUUUUCUUGCCAUUAGUUGUGACUCUUGCUUUGUCUGUUUUGCUUUUACCUUUGACUGCUACAUUUAUGUACCUUCGAAAACGUUUUGGACCCAAGGAGACUAAGACUCAGGCUUCAGAUUAAGAACAUGCCUGUAAUUUAAUAUCAUAUACAUUAUUAAGUUUUAAUCUAUUGGCAUUAGAAAUACUAUUCCAUGCCUGAAACUGAGCACAUUUCUGGCAGUUUACAGAGAAAUACAGAGACCUUCCCUUCUGUUGGUAUCAGGAACAUUGCUGUCAAGCAAAGGUAAUUCCUGACAUCUUCCUAUCUACUGUUCAAUGUAAGCAGCAAAUAAAGCUCCAUUUCCCUUCGGAGUUAGUCCUCUUUGUGUUUCUUGAGCACAGAUAUGACUCAUGGGAAAAGCAGAGGACAGAUAUCUGAGCACCAAAGGGUGAGUCUGACCUCUCUUCGUUUAUUCCCAAGGUAACUUCUCAAAAGUGCAGAGGAUAUAUCUGUUGUUGUCAACAUAGUGGAUUUCAUUUAUCAGCAUUUGGGUAUUUAUGUGAUUUUGACUGAGACUGGGAUUUGGAAUCAUGGAAAUGUUUUCC